AAUAUUACAAAUAGGCUUUCGAGUCAGUCGACAAAGCUUGCUCGCAAUUUCUUUACGACGUCAUUUCUUAAAAUAUAGAAGAAAUAUGUAAAUUCGUAUUUACGACUCCGCUGAAGAAUAAUAAUUAAAUCAAUUACGAAAGUGAAGGUUUUAGUGGAUUUGUGAAAAUUUGUAUCCACCUAAACCAGACCGACUUCGAAUGGAAUCAUCAAGAAACGGGCUGGCAUGUUCCACGUGCUUGAAAAUUUUCACCACGAAGAAAACCUUAAGGAAUCACAUGUUCACUCAUGCCGCGAGGGUGAAAUGUGAGACCUGCCGGCAAAUCUCGAAAAAUCCACCAGCCUUAUCCGCUCACAUCAAAAUGAUUCACACCAACCGGGACAGACCAAGUUGCGACACCUGUCACCGUGUGUUUUACACAUCCGCAGCCUUACGGAUACACAUUAAUGCCGUCCACAGCACGAUCGAACGACCCCGUUUUCCAUGCGGAUUUCCUGACUGUGACAAAUCCUAUCUGUCGAAAUCCAAUGUUUCGAAGCACAUCAAAACUGCACAUACCGAAAACCCGACCACACUUUGCGGUAACGAAUUCAAAACCAAAGAAAAUCUUGAGAUUUUCACCCACACCACGGAGAAGGCGUACCCUUGUGCCACUUGUGGGAGGAGCUUUUCCACAUAUUCAAAAAGGAAACUGCACGAGGCUACACAUUUUGAAAAAUCUACUCGAAGAAUUUUCAAGCGUGAACUUUGUGUUCGGACUUUCCUCCAUAAAGGCUAUUUACAGAGGCACGUCCAAAUUGUACAUGGAAAUCGGAGGAAUCGCCCGUGCACAUUUUGUGAGAAGAGAUUCUCGUCAUCAACUGAUUUGAGACGUCACGAGGAGGCGAAACAUGCCGCGAAGAUUCACUCCUGCGACAAAUGCGAGUUUGGGAGCCACUCGAAAAGAAGUUUAGCCAAUCACGCUUGGCGUCACAAUCCGGCGAAUCGACGAGAAUGUUACUUCUGCAAGAAGCAGUUUGUUUGUUUUUCGAAUUUGGUGACAGACUGUAGGCGUCACACUAUAGAAAAGGUACAAUCAAGGAGAUUUUUUGUGGUCCUACAUGAUAAAGGCCCAGGAAGCCCAUCAUUCCGGUGUUAAUUAGAACCUAGCGCAUAUAAGUCACACCACAUCAGGGAGGUUGGGGUCAAAACUCCCCGAAAAUCGAUCACAUGCUUUGUGUACGGCCCAGAAACACUUUUCAGAGACAUUGAAUUAAACAGAGUCGGGGUUCGACAUGAUUAAUGAAGCCCGGAUACUUAUAAAACUCAAAACCUGUAAUGUAAAAAAUAAUUAUUUAAUUGAACUACCCAGCUAAAAAUUAAACAUGUACAUAUGUAAAGUGGA